AUGAUAUCGGAGGUGGUUGAUGCAAGAGCGCGGUAUUAUGCCUCAGUUGAAGAUUUCGUGACGGUGACUUACUUUUUCACGCUCCAUGAGAUGAGAUUAGUUCAAAGGAAGGUGCAGAAACUUCCAGCUCAACAUAUCUCCCACCAAUAUCGCCAUAACCAUCAGCUUUUUACUGAAGACCAUAGAAAGACGAUGGCUUUCCUCCCCAUGAUAGUUCUGUUUCUCCUAGCCGCUAGCUGCGCGAACGCCGGCAGAGUUGGGCCAGUUCCUCCGGGCCUAAUGGCCCGUCUACAGGCAGACGAGGCAGGGCAAUGCUGGGAUGCACUGAUGGAGCUACGGUCGUGCACCGGAGAAGUCAUACUCUUCUUUCUAAACGGAGAGACGUAUUUGGGCCCAAGUUGCUGCAGGGCUAUUCUUGUCAUAGAGAAGCGAUGCUGGGCCGCCGACGCUUUGCUCACCGCAUUGGGUUUCACCGCGCAGGAGGGAGAUGUCCUUCGCGGAUACUGUGACGCCGCCGAAGAAGCACCUCCGGCAGCAUCGCCGCCACCGCCUGCUGCUUCUAGCCCCAGUAUUAUUAAUUAG